AUGAUCGCGGAAAAUCCGUGCAGAAGACUCGGACAAGAAGGAGAGCUGAUCCUGGAUGAACCCGUCACACAGGGAAUUCCAAUUGGCAUUCUCAAAAUGCUUGAAAUUGAUCCGUUUCUCGCACACGUAGUGGUUGAUGACGUUCCAGAUAAAGUUCUCCAAGUCGAAGUCGAAGUUAGGGAAGUCCUCACCAAGGUUUCUGAUCCGGUUACCAUCCAGGUCGAAUGUGAAUCUGUUAUCGACGAUAUUAAAUGGAUCCAUCUUUGGAUCAUGCACGUGAUAAAAUAG